AGCAAGACUUGUCUUGCAGUGGGCUGGUCUUGGCAUUCAACUCCUCUCUUCUUCUGGCCGCUGGGCUGCUGAUGCAGCACUUAUCAUGGGGUCCGCUAAUGGCAUUAUCAGAAGGGCUCCUUGUGAGAAGCUCCGGCCAGCCGACAGACUCAUCGCUCCUGCUGUGUCUGGAUAUCUUGGGCUCAGCAUGUUACCUACAUUUACACACAAAGGCCUGAUAAUCAAGCACUCUACUCUGAUACUCCCCACUGAGACCGUUGGCUCACCCUGAUUCUUGGCUCCUGUUUCAGACACUUGAAUGUCUGGUGCUCCUGCGAUACAGAUGUGAUUGAGAAGGUUUCCCGAGACCCGAGAAGAACCACGUCCAAGUGAUCUGAAGGCACGGCGCUUCGGUCUGCGCAAGCGUCGGAAAGCGCCCGGAAGUGAUACAACAAACAGCUGGAGGACUUUGAGCAACAAUGGGAGAGUUCAGAGAGCAGCCGAGAGCGGAAGUUGAGUGUGAAUCGUGUGUGGGCUGUUAACAGUUGUCAGCAGGAGAACAUCUGAAUUUUACCACAAGGUGACGCUGUGCGUUGAGACUGUGUGGAGUUUUUCAUUCAAGGCUUCCAGUUCCUUCACAGAAGAGCAGUGAUCGUCUCGUCUGAUCGAGCUCUAAGAACCUGGUAGAGUUGCCCUGUUUUCAUUGGAGUGGAGCUUCUUCCUGAGAACUUCGUCAUGACAUCAUCGUCAUCUGAUUCCCGAACAGCUGCAGGAAUCCAGUUGCGUUGGAGUGGACGAUGGACAUUGCAUGUGCGCGCAGCUCUCCAGACCUCCUGCGCUCGAAUAUUGAAGAUUCCUGUGUGGCCGGAUUCAACCUCGAGUUGUCAGCGUGCUCGUCUCUUUAUAAUCAAUCUUCCAGAGUGAUCUGAGGAACCAGGAACAGACCUUUCCGAGUGAGAGAGAGAGAGAGUUUAAGACUCGCGCGUGGCAUCUGUUUGUUUAGAACCAGUAUCGCGUCUCCAGCUUGUGGAUUAUGACCCUGGACACAGAUUUAAUGGAUGACCUUUUUGUCGACGUGGUUGGAGAAGGUGGCAAGGAGUCUGGAGACGAACAUCUUUCGACCUCGUCUCUUUCUGCAUCCGACCAGGUGCAUAACGAGGGGGAUAAGGACCACGUCCCCUCUUCCAUAUGUCCCUCAAGUUCGAGCAAAAGCCCUUCGGUGAAACCGCCCUAUUCUUACAUCGCUUUGAUCACCAUGGCGAUCCUCCAAAGCCCAAAGAAGCGUCUCACCCUCAGCGAGAUAUGCGACUUCAUCAGCCACCGGUUCGUGUACUACCGAGAGAAGUUCCCAGCCUGGCAGAACUCCAUCCGACACAAUCUCUCCCUAAACGACUGCUUCGUAAAAAUGCCACGCGAGCCGGGUAAUCCCGGGAAAGGGAAUUACUGGACUCUGGAUCCCAAUUCAUCGGAUAUGUUUGAGAACGGAAGUUUCCUUAGGAGAAGGAAGCGAUUUAAACGGCAGCACUUCAAAUUUGGGGUGUUCAGAGAACAAGCGCUGCAGCCGAGCGCUUUCCCGAACCUCGGCUACGGCGCGUACGGGUUCAGCUCGUCCUGCGCGCAUUUAGUACCGGGCCUGGAUAUAUACCCGUUUGGCUUCCAUCAACCCAUCGGGGUUCCACCUGUUGGCGGUAUUUUACCGGCUCUAUCCACGCUUUUCUCGAGGAACUCUGUGGCAGCCAAGUCUUUCCCGCAGUCCCAAUCAGUGGCCAUCGAACCUGUCUCUCCUGGCCUCGCCUGCGCAUUGGCCCCGACCUCUCCAUACGCGUCCUCAGCACUGUUUAAUCCAGUGGGCUAUCCUCGGGUCCUCAAUUUUCAGUACGAGUACCAGAAACUACAAAAUGUGCACAGCCACGUGGAUUUGUCCACUAAACACAGACACCUGGCUAGCGUCAAUGACUAAUUCAUCGCAUAUUUGGACACAAAACUAUAGGCCUAUUUUUUUCUCAGGAAUUACUUCAUAUAUCCAGAGCAUCGCGUCGAAUGUUUGCGAACAUUUUAACGAACUUUUAACGAGUUUAUUUUCUGUCAGGAAACCAUUCAGUGAAUGUAUUUCUGUUAUGCUGAACAUGAUUAUUGAUGCAUGUUAUUUUGUUGGAAUGAUUAAAUAUCGAAUGAUUCAGCUAUAGCCUAUUUAAAUGACGAAUUUCCUUUUCGAAUUUUGACGGAAAUAAAACUGACAUUUUUAAAUGCACAAUAAACGUCAUGAUUCGUUAUUUAUUAAAUGUGGCAAGGACAAUGUUUCUUUAUAAGCUACAAACAUCAACAAAACGUCAAAUGUGUGUUUUCUCUCUUGAUUAAAUAAAUUUUGAUUUACUG